AUGAAAGGACAGAAAGGAGAGCAGAACAAACUCCUAACAGGAGGAGACUCACUCAUGGCCUAUAAGACAGAGGAUCAGGAGACUCAAUACUGCUUUCCUGACAUCAACUCAUCAUGCGUCAAGGAACAACACUCCAAUUAUGGAUAUAAUAUCAUGUAUGUGUUCUUUUCACUGCUGUCAGCAUGGACUGUGUUUCUGAACCUGCUGGUGAUCAUCUCCAUCUCUCACUUCAAGAAGCUUCACACUCCAACCAACAUGAUUAUUCUCUCUCUGGCUGUAACUGAUAUGUUUGUUGGACUUAUUGUGAUGCCUGUGAAGGCCAUCAAGCUGAUUGAGAGGUGUUGGUACUUUGGAGAAACUUUCUGUGGACUCUUUUUAAUAGUAAUUGGGGUGAUUUUCUCAGCAUCUCUUAGUAAUUUAGUUUUAAUUGCUGUUGAUCGUUAUGUGGCUGUGUGUCACCCUUUACUGUACCCACAGAAAAUAACCAUCACUAAAAUGUUAAUGAGUAUCUGUCUGAGCUGGCUUUACUACUCUGCUUAUAACACUGCCCUAUUAAUUGAUAAUGGAUAUUUUGACAUUUCAAACAGAACAGAAGUGUGUUAUGGUGAGUGUCCAGUCAUGAUGCGUUUUAGUUGGAUCACCACUGAUCUGUUCAUGUGUUUUAUUUUUCCUUGUGUUAUAAUGAUAACUUUAUAUCUGAGGAUUUUCUAUGUAGUUCAUCAGCAAGUGAAGGUUAUAAACUCUCUGAUGAAGGGUGGUAAAUGUGUAACGGAGGGUUCAGUGAAGAGGAAAUCUGAGAGUAAAGCUGCUCUGACUUUAGGAAUCAUUGUGUCAGUUUAUCUGCUUUGCUAUAUCCCAUACUAUAUCUGUUCUCUAACUGUAAACUCUUCCACAGCUAUUAAUGUUUUGACAUGGACUGUGUAUGCUAACUCAGGACUGAAUCCUCUGGUUUAUGCUUUAUUUUACCCCUGGUUUAAAAAGACAGUUAAACACAUCUUAACUCUGAAAAUAUUACAGUCGGCAUCCUCUCUGAUCAAUAUAUUUACAGAAAAUGAAUUGUAA